GGGAGGACUGGUGGCUGUCUUCGCAGGCAGGCAUUUGCUUCGAGCAGGCUGCGCGCAAGCCCAGCGUCAAGAAAUUCCGGCCUCCUCAAGUUGGCGGUGGUGGGACGAGGCUCUGCUGAAGGGACUGGCUGUGAAGGAUGAGUUCAGGGGGGGAUGACGGACCGCUUCUGGGAACAGUGGUAUCUUUGGUAUCUCCGCUUGCUCCGGCUGCUGGAUCGAGGCUCUUUUCGGAAUGAUGGUUUGAAAGCUUCUGAUGUCCUUCCCAUCCUAAAGGAAAAAGUGGCCUUCGUGUCUGGGGGCCGUGAUAAACGAGGUGGACCCAUCCUGACCUUCCCUGCUCGCAGCAAUCAUGACAGAAUAAGACAGGAAGACCUGCGGAAACUGGUGACCUAUCUGGCCAGCGUGCCAAGCGAGGACGUGUGCAAACGUGGCUUCACCGUCAUCAUCGACAUGCGGGGCUCCAAGUGGGACCUCAUCAAGCCCCUCCUCAAGACGCUGCAAGAAGCCUUUCCCGCUGAGAUCCAUGUGGCCCUCAUCAUCAAACCUGAUAACUUCUGGCAGAAACAGAAGACCAACUUUGGCAGCUCCAAAUUCAUCUUUGAGACAAGCAUGGUGUCCGUGGAGGGCCUCACAAAGCUGGUGGACCCCUCCCAGCUGACGGAGGAGUUCGAUGGCUCCUUAGACUACAACCACGAGGAGUGGAUCGAGCUGCGGCUCUCCUUGGAGGAGUUCUUCAACAGUGCCGUACACCUGCUCUCACGCCUUGAAGACCUGCAGGAGAUGCUGGCCCGGAAGGAGUUCCCCGUGGAUGUGGAGGGCUCGAGGCGGCUAAUUGAUGAACACACACAGCUGAAGAAGAAGGUGCUGAAGGCCCCUGUGGAGGAGCUGGACCGGGAGGGGCAGCGGCUGCUACAGUGCAUCCGCUGCAGUGAUGGCUUCUCAGGGCGCAACUGCAUCCCAGGCAGUGCCGACUUCCAGAGCCUGGUGCCCAAGAUCACCAGUCUUCUGGACAAGCUGCACUCCACCCGGCAGCACCUGCACCAGAUGUGGCAUGUGCGCAAGCUCAAGCUAGACCAGUGCUUCCAGCUGCGGCUCUUCGAGCAGGAUGCUGAAAAGAUGUUUGACUGGAUAAGCCACAACAAGGAGUUAUUCCUCCAGAGCCAUACAGAGAUUGGAGUCAGCUACCAGCAUGCCCUAGACCUCCAGACACAGCACAAUCACUUUGCCAUGAACUCCAUGAAUGCCUAUGUCAACAUCAACCGCAUCAUGUCUGUGGCUUCCCGCCUCUCAGAGGCUGGCCACUACGCUUCACAGCAAAUCAAGCAGAUCUCCACGCAGCUAGACCAGGAGUGGAAGAGUUUCGCAGCUGCCCUGGAUGAACGCAGCACCAUCCUCGCCAUGUCUGCUGUGUUCCAUCAGAAGGCUGAGCAGUUCUUGUCGGGAGUGGAUGCCUGGUGCAAGAUGUGCAGCGAAGGUGGCCUGCCGUCUGAGAUGCAGGACCUGGAGCUGGCGAUUCACCACCACCAGUCUUUGUAUGAGCAGGUGACCCAGGCCUACACAGAGGUCAGCCAGGACGGCAAAGCACUGCUGGAUGUGCUGCAGCGGCCCCUGAGUCCCGGGAACUCUGAGUCCCUCACAGCCACAGCCAACUACUCCAAGGCGGUGCACCAGGUGCUGGAUGUGGUGCACGAGGUGUUGCAUCACCAGCGGCGGCUUGAGAGCAUCUGGCAGCACCGCAAGGUGCGGCUCCACCAGCGCCUGCAGCUCUGCGUCUUCCAGCAGGAUGUCCAGCAGGUGUUAGAUUGGAUUGAAAACCACGGCGAGGCCUUUCUCAGCAAGCACACAGGGGUCGGGAAGUCUCUGCAUCGAGCUCGGGCCCUGCAGAAGAGGCAUGAUGACUUUGAAGAGGUGGCUCAGAAUACAUACACCAAUGCGGACAAGCUCCUAGAAGCGGCAGAGCAGCUGGCUCAGACAGGGGAAUGUGACCCGGAGGAGAUCUACAAGGCAGCUAGACACCUGGAGGUGCGCAUCCAGGACUUCGUGCGCAGGGUGGAGCAGCGGAAGCUUCUGCUGGACAUGUCUGUCUCCUUCCAUACUCACACCAAAGAGCUAUGGACAUGGAUGGAAGACCUUCAGAAGGAGAUGCUGGAGGAUGUCUGUGCAGACUCUGUGGAUGCGGUCCAGGAACUGAUCAAGCAGUUCCAGCAGCAGCAGACCGCCACUCUGGAUGCCACACUUAAUGUCAUCAAGGAAGGCGAAGACCUUAUCCAGCAACUCAGGUCAGCGCCUCCCUCCCUGGGGGAGCCCAGCGAGGCCAGGGACUCGGCUGUGUCCAACAACAAGACGCCGCAUAGUAGCUCCAUCAGCCACAUAGAGUCAGUGCUGCAGCAGCUGGAUGACGCCCAGGUGCAAAUGGAGGAGCUGUUCCACGAACGCAAGAUCAAGCUGGACAUCUUCCUGCAGCUGCGCAUCUUUGAGCAGUACACCAUUGAGGUGACAGCAGAGCUCGACGCUUGGAAUGAGGAUUUGCUUCGGCAGAUGAAUGACUUCAACACGGAGGAUCUAACUCUGGCGGAACAGCGGCUGCAGCGCCACACAGAGCGGAAGCUAGCCAUGAAUAACAUGACCUUUGAGGUCAUCCAGCAGGGCCAGGAUCUGCACCAGUAUAUCAUGGAGGUCCAGGCCUCAGGGAUUGAGUUAAUCUGUGAAAAAGACAUUGAUCUGGCAGCCCAGGUACAAGAGCUAUUAGAGUUUCUCCAUGAGAAACAGCAUGAGUUGGAGCUCAACGCAGAGCAGACCCACAAGCGACUUGAGCAGUGCCUCCAACUGCGGCACCUCCAGGCCGAGGUCAAACAGGUCCUGGGAUGGAUCCGCAAUGGGGAGUCAAUGCUCAAUGCCAGCCUGGUCAAUGCCAGCUCUUUGUCUGAAGCAGAGCAGCUACAGCGGGAGCACGAGCAGUUCCAACUAGCCAUCGAGUCCCUCUUUCAUGCCACUUCCUUGCAGAAGACACACCAGAGCGCCCUGCAGGUUCAGCAGAAAGCUGAGGCGCUGCUCCAGGCUGGCCACUAUGAUGCAGAUGCCAUCCGGGAAUGUGCUGAGAAGGUGGCCCUCCACUGGCAGCAACUCAUGCUCAAGAUGGAAGACCGACUGAAACUGGUCAAUGCCUCAGUGGCCUUUUAUAAAACUUCUGAGCAGGUCUGUAGUGUCCUGGAGAGCUUAGAGCAAGAAUACCGAAGAGAUGAGGACUGGUGUGGUGGACGAGAUAAAUUGGGGCCAGCAACAGAGAUCGACCACGUCAUUCCACUCAUCAGUAAACAUUUGGAACAAAAGGAAGCCUUUCUUAAGGCCUGCACCCUGGCACGGCGGAAUGCUGAGGUCUUUCUCAAGUACAUCCAUAGGAACAACGUCAGCAUGCCCAGUGCUGCCAGCCACACCCGAGGACCCGAACAGCAAGUGAAAGCCAUCCUGAGUGAGCUCUUACAGAGGGAGAACCGUGUCCUGCACUUCUGGACAUUGAAGAAGCGGCAGUUAGACCAGUGUCAGCAAUACGUGGUGUUUGAGCGAAGCGCCAAGCAGGCACUAGACUGGAUCCAAGAAACAGGUGAAUAUUACCUCUCAACACAUACCUCCACCGGGGAGACCACAGAGGAGACUCAGGAACUGCUGAAAGAAUAUGGGGAGUUCAGGGUGCCUGCCAAGCAAACAAAGGAGAAGGUGAAGCUUCUGAUUCAGCUGGCUGAUAGCUUUGUGGAAAAAGGUCACAUUCAUGCCACAGAGAUCAGGAAAUGGGUGACCACAGUGGACAAGCAUUACAGAGACUUCUCAUUAAGGAUGGGAAAAUACCGGUACUCCCUGGAGAAAGCCCUAGGAGUCAACACAGAGGAUAACAAGGACCUGGAGCUGGACAUCAUCCCAGCAAGCCUUUCAGAUCGUGAGGUCAAGCUCCGGGAUGCCAACCAUGAGGUCAAUGAAGAGAAGCGGAAAUCAGCCCGGAAAAAAGAAUUCAUUAUGGCAGAAUUGCUCCAGACAGAGAAGGCUUAUGUGAGGGACUUACACGAGUGCUUAGAGACCUACCUGUGGGAAAUGACCAGUGGUGUGGAGGAGAUCCCCCCUGGGAUCCUUAAUAAGGAGCAUAUCAUCUUUGGCAACAUCCAGGAGAUCUACGAUUUUCAUAACAACAUCUUCCUCAAAGAACUGGAGAAGUAUGAGCAGCUGCCUGAGGAUGUGGGACACUGCUUUGUUACCUGGGCAGACAAAUUUCAGAUGUACGUCACCUACUGUAAAAACAAGCCUGAUUCCAACCAGCUGAUCCUGGAGCAUGCAGGCACCUUCUUUGAUGAGAUACAGCAGCGGCACGGUCUGGCCAACUCCAUUUCUUCCUACCUAAUUAAGCCCGUCCAGAGGAUUACCAAGUACCAGCUGCUCCUGAAGGAACUUUUAACUUGCUGUGAAGAAGGAAAAGGGGAGCUCAAGGAUGGCCUGGAGGUGAUGCUUAGUGUCCCAAAGAAAGCCAAUGACGCCAUGCACGUCAGCAUGCUGGAAGGGUUUGACGAGAACUUGGACGUGCAGGGGGAGCUGAUUUUACAAGAUGCCUUUCAAGUGUGGGACCCCAAGUCGCUGAUCCGGAAGGGACGGGAGCGACACCUAUUCCUCUUUGAGAUCUCCUUGGUUUUCAGCAAGGAGAUCAAAGACUCUUCAGGACACACGAAAUAUGUUUACAAGAACAAGCUACUGACCUCAGAGCUGGGUGUGACCGAACACGUAGAGGGCGAUCCCUGCAAAUUCGCCUUGUGGUCUGGGCGCACCCCAUCCUCAGACAAUAAAACAGUGCUGAAAGCCUCCAACAUAGAAACCAAGCAGGAGUGGAUCAAGAACAUUCGAGAGGUGAUUCAAGAAAGGAUCAUUCACCUGAAAGGAGCUUUGAAGGAGCCAAUUCAGCUCCCCAAAACACCAGCCAAACAGAGGAACAAUAGUAAGAGGGAUGGAGUGGAGGAUGUUGACAGCCAGGGGGAUGGGAGCAGCCAGCCAGACACCAUCUCCAUUGCCUCUAGGACCUCCCAGAACACAGUGGACAGUGACAAGGAUGGCAACCUUGCUCCUCGGUGGUACCUGGGACCUGGAGAUCCUUUCUCCACUUACGUUUAGCACGCAGCUCACCGGGUUAGCCGUGCCGCCGUUGGGACCUCCCACCUGGACUCCCAUCACCCACCUCUCUUGAGACUGCUCUGGCAGGGCUGGUGUGGGGUGCAAACUUUGCUCAGAGGGCAACAUGUCCCAUGCAAAAUCUGCCCCCUGGGCCAUGGGCUCACUCCUCGGGGCCCCUUGCUUCUUUCUCUACUGGGUGCAAUUCAAGGUUGCCGAGCUUCUCUCCAAAGUCUAAAAUGGGUGGGGCAGUAGGGACCUGUGAGUGUCCCCAUGGCCCAACACACUCCCCCAGCUCCCAGUCUGAACAUCAGGCCCCCGACCCUGGUGGGGGGUUCAUUAGAGUUUUCCUGGAGUUUUUCUCCACGUUGAAUGUUUCUUUUGUCAGUGGCCCCAAUCUGGAAAAACUCAUCAUUUUAAUCUAGCCUGCCUCCCCUAUAUCAUGAACAGGAGGGAGAAGGAAAAAGGGACCUCUUAUGGUUAUGGUUUAUGGAAGGUGAGGGUCAACUCCAACCGAUCUGAAACACUGGCAGGAACUACUACUCCCAACAAAUGUUUCAUCUGCUUCAACCUACCCAGGUUUUGUCACUGUUUUCUAGCUCCUCCCUAACCUUACUCACUGCUGAGGUGUCUCGUUCGCAGAUCACCCUACCAGCCCUCCUUGGCUUCCAAAUUAUCCUGUUGGCAGGGGUGGGUGGGAGGUGGGAGAAGAAAUAAACAAACUGGCCACAUGUUGAUAAUUGUUGAGACUAGAUGAUGGGCACGUGGGUGUUCGUUCUAUCAUUCUCUCCCUUUUGUAUAUGUUUGCAGUUUUUCAUAAUAAAAAGUUAAAAAAUAAAAAAAGUCCUCCAACUCCCAAAACACUUGAGAGCCCCCACCCCUAACACAGAGUUUCAUGGAAAUCCCACACCAAGGCAAAAGGCAAAGGUGAUUCCAUUACAUUAUAUAUAUAUGUAUUGUAUAUAUUCAUUUUCUAAUUUUUUUUAAGGCCCACUGCUUUAUUUUCAAUAGACUAAAUCUAUUUAUAAGAGGUCCCAAAGUUGGGUUCACUUCCCCCGGCUGGGUUAUGGCGGGGGGGGCGGGGCUUGGGUAAAGGGUUCCUUAAAAUCCUGAACGUUUACACUUCCAUGUAUCUCACAAGCUUAUUGUGAGUGUGGGACUUGUUCAGUGUUCUGAACUUUGCAGAGGAAACAUGCUCUCGACUCAAAAGUGUCAUGCUCUGGAAUUGCACCUGGCUCAGGAAAGGACUGUCUUUGUACUUGAAUUUAAAUCCAAUGGAGAACCUUAACAUGGGCAUUUGCAUGACUAAGAAUUGCUGCUGUCUUUUUCCAUAUGUCACUUUCUUGAAUGUGUUCUAAUAAAAUUAUUCUAAAGCAG